CCAUCGAGACAUUUGUUAAAGCACAGACCGUAUUCGAACCAUGGGGUUCUUGGAGUUCCUGCACCGGAUAUAUAUGUGGAUUGCCGGGUUCUCAGUAUCGAACACGAGGCUGUCACCACUGGGCUAUGGGAUUUAUGCGUUUUUCAACCGAGUGUCCGAUGUAUGGCAAGGAAACCCAAUAUUGCACGGUCAAUUGUUCCGAGUCUACAACCACCUCCUCCUCUGCAGGUGACUGGGGCCCGUGGGGAGCUUUCUCGGCCUGUGACAAGACGUGCGGCGGUGGUGUUCACAUGAGAUAUAGGGCCUGCCGCAUCGGGUCAUGCGUAGGAGACUCCUUGCAGUCUUCAACAUGCAAUUCUCAACACUGUCCUGUACAUCAUACAGCACACAGUUCAACAAAGGCACCAACCUCAUCACCCCCUGUCUCAAGUACGACUUCACGUCUUUCUACAAAUACUUCCGCUGCCACUCAAGUGGGAAUAGUGUCUUCUACAAGAGCACCAUCAAUAGGGACAACUACGAUGUUUCCAAAUACCACGAUAUCCCCAACCUCAGGUUUAAGCGAGAGAACUUGCAAGGUCUGUGGUGAUUAUGAGAAUGGAAUAUCUUGCGACAUUCGCAGCAUAUACAUUGGACCAGAGGUUACGUGUGAGGCAGGAAAAGCUUUCUGUAUGACGGACAUAAUCUCUGACGGCUCCGGAAAGGAACAAGUUUUCAAAAGGUGCGUGAAUGAGGCUGUCUGCAGAACACAGUGGUUAUCCCAGACUUCAGACCAGGACUAUUGCGUUCAGUAUGGCAAAGUUGUGGUUAGUGACAUGUUCUCCUGUCACUUUUGCUGUACAUCUGAUGAAUGCAAUCAAGGACUGGUUCCUGAUUCUAGUACAUUCUACACCGGGAGCUGAGAUCCUAAUCAAUCUAUUCUACUCUAUUAAUACAACAAGAUGUGUUUGUGAAACACUAUGCGCCCAGUGGCAACAAAGUUCCAAAAAGCUAUUUUUAGCAUAUAGGUCACAGUCAAAGACACAAGUCAUUGACCUUGGUGUCAUUUGAAUUAACUUAAUUAGUGCAGUAUGCAUACCAGAAAUGAAGUCUCUAUAUCUUACGGUUCAA